AUGGGAAACUCUGAGGAGGCGGGGAAGGGGAAACUACUGUUUGGGAUGUAUUUAAAACAAGCCCUUGUUGUGGCGGUAAACGCCAUUAAUCCCAGCACUCAAGAGGCAGAGCCAGGCAGAUCUCAGUUACAGGUGAGGAAAGAGAACUUUGACUCCAAACAUCGCCACGUAAGAGUUUCACAAGAUAACUUAACGCAAAACAAUUUGGGAAUGGAGGCAAUCUGUUCAAUUUGCCUGGACCUUUACUCUAAUCCUGUUUAUCUCUCCUGCGCCCACAUAUUUUGCUUGGAGUGCAGUAAAAAGUGGGUGGCAAAGAAAGAAGACUGGAUAAUGACCUGUCCCCUAUGUCGAGAAGAACACAAGAGACCUAUCAAGUAUGAUGGGGUAAUGAAAGACCUGGUCAUCCUUCUAAAGCAGCAUGGCCCCUUACUGAAGCAACAUAAAAGGCUCGCUGGACUUCUGGGACUGGUCUCAGAGGAUACAGCUCAGGCAGCUAAGACUGAUGACUCCUCCCUGGAACCCUCUAAUGAUUUAAGGGGUGUCUGCAGUGGGAAGCCUGGUCAUAAUUUGGUGGAAGAUCCCAGAAGAGUCACUCCUUCAGCUCAUGUCGUGGACAGCUCUCAAUUCUUUUCAGUCUGCCACUGGGAAGUUGAUGUGGAGAAAGGGAAGGAAUGGGCUCCAGGUAUUUGCAAGGAGCCAAUCAGGAGGAGGAACGUCUAUUUACUGCGAACAGAACAUGAAUUCCAGUUGCUUGGUGAGAAGACAAGAGGAAUCAGAGUUAAUUUUAUCUCAGAAAGAAAAUGA